AAAAAAAAAAUUAAACCUUGAACAAGGUUUUAUAAUAUGAUGACACGUGAUGUGUGCGGCGGCAGAGGGGUGUUGAAAUUUUUUCGCCACCGCCGCACUGAGACAAAGACUCCACAGAGAGAGAGAGAGAGGGAGAGAGGGAGACUGCGUUGUAGCUCUAAUCAAUGAAAUGAAAGAGAAGAAAACAAGUUCCAAAUCCUCUUCUUCAACCUCUCCUUGUUCCCAUCUUAGAGACGCAUACAACAAUUGCUUCAACAGGUGGUACUCGGAGAAAUUCAUGAAGGGUCAUUGGGACAAACAAGAAUGUGUUGCGGAGUGGCAAAAGUACAGAGCUUGCCUUUCUCAACAUUUGGAUGAUAAACUCCUCAGUCAUUUCUUGGAAGCUGAACAAAUUGAUCAAAACCAUUUGAGUAAACCUUCUAAUGAGUAAGAAAGAAGCUUAUCCAUGUGAAGGCCAAUCUUGAUGUGGUAUCAUGCUCCGUUACCUGUUUGUUAGGUCUUUGAACGGAGCAAGUGAUCUUCGAGGCUGCAAUCUAUUUUCUAGACAAGAAAAUGUAAAGAACAGAUGAAAUUUAAGGAUGCAAUAUCCUAUUUUUAACCUCGGAUAAAUUUGUCUCUUGGACCACAUUUUCAAAAUAAAAUAUUUAUCUAUUCUAUAUAACAUUUUGGAGAUGAACUUA